AUGCGAGAACAACCUGCUACUACCCUAAAUCCAAUUUCGAUACCUAAUGAAACCACUCAUUCAACUUCUAGAGGUACUACACCGUUAACCGGAGUCGGGGUCGUGAAUGGAAAUCGUAAAAUGUCUACCCCAUCAUAUGAUGAUUCGACUUCCAACACUUCCAAAGAGGGUGUUACUUCGUCUAGGGGUAAUCCUGAACAUCGAGGUAGAUCGAGAGGUAAAUUAGCUGAUACACCUUUCUCUCCUUCUGGGUCGGCAUUCUCCCCUGCUGCCACUUCAACAGGUAAUGGCAAUGACACUCCAUUGAUCACUUCCACUUCUGCCGAUCCUUCGAUAAUAGCCGUUCACGGUUCUGUCAUGACUAAUUUCCCAAUGCCAAGAGGUAAACAUGAAGGACUGACAGAUUGGGAUAAAGAAAUGCCGCAGACUUGGGAGAAAGAAAAAGAGGUGUGCAAGGAGAAGCCAGUUUACAAGAAUGAUCGAUUGAUAGCUAUUGAUUUCGAUGAUGUUUGCUCACAAAAUAUGGCUACCCUCAUCAGAGAACAUAAUGCCAAAUUCGGUACGGACUUGACUGUGGACGAUCUGCAAACAUAUGUAUUUUGGCAAAACAGAGGAUGGGGUACCCCUGCUGAGGUAGCAAGAAAAGUACAAACUUUAAACAACUUAUUACCGCUCACCUCACCUAUUCCAGGAUUCGCAGAUGCGUUGCGUACUUUACAUGGUUUAGGCCAUCCUAUCCAUAUAGUGACUUCCCGACCUGAAUCGGAUCGACAAGGAAUGAUCGAUUGGUUGAUUCAAGAAGGUAUUACAAUAGGUGAUAAACCUGAAGAUGUCAUCGUUCAAGCUCAUUUUACAGGUACUUAUGGUGAAGUGAAUAGACCUAUUGAAGACAAAGGUGAUGAUGAUGAUUUCGAGAACGAAUUAAAUGAAAGAUUGAAAGCUUUAUGGAGAGAUGGUGUAGGCAAAGGUAAAGGUGGCUUAGGUAAAUUGAAGAUCCUUCGAGAAUUAUCCGCUUCUUUAUUCAUUGACGAUCAUCAUGGUAAUCUCGAACCGAUCAUUAACGCUUCACCUCCUAUACCAUGUUUGUUAUUCGGUGAAUAUGGUUGGAAUAAAUCCAGAAGCGGAUUGACUUCUCCAGUCGAAUUGAUGGAUUAUAACCAAAGGAUGUUAGCUGGAUUACCACUCCCCUUUGAAGAGAUUCAGUUGGGGAGAGAACAAGGUGUUUUCAGAGUUAGGAAUUGGGAUGAGACUAUCGAAUGGGUCAAAGAAUGGGACAGAGAAGCGGUAGAAGUGGUUUCCUGUGAUACCUGA